CCUAUUAUAUGGAACAGACGGAGAACAGUAACUAGGCUACCUAUUUCGAUGGUGUCGUUCGUAUGGAGUGCACGGACCUGAGGGUGUAACAGCGAAAGAAACCCGAAGCAGCCUGCACGCAUCGCAAACUGAAAACUUCUCGAACGCUUCACGAUCCUCCGGAUUAAUGGAACGCAAUUAAAGAUUUUGGAUGGGGCAUACACAGUGCGUGUCACAGACGAGGGAUAGUGAUCCACAAACGGGAAGUACUGACGGUCGGAUACAGACCUUCGACACCUCACGCACAGUACACAAGCCCCUCGGUAUUCCCGUUAACACGGGACGGAUGAUUCUUCCAAACCUCAUACCCGAGAAAUCCCUCAUCCCCAUACGGCUCAAAGACCCCGGACUGGAACCAGGGCAGAGAGAAUCCACUAAGGAUGCGUUUCGAGGGGAGUGUGCAAUGUCCCAGCUUGUCGAGUCUGGCUGGUACUGGGGUUGUAUCACUGCCGCUGAGGCCAAGCGGCUGCUGAGCGAUGCUGUGGAGGGGACCUUUCUGCUGCGGGACAGCUCCAACCCCGGCUACCUGCUCACCCUGUCGGUGAAGACCAGCCUGGGGCCCACUCACCUGCGCAUCACGCACUCGGACGGGGUGUUCGGCUUCGACUCGGUGGUGAUGGCCCGGCCCAGGCUGCGACGGUUCACAGGCGCGGUGGAGCUGGUGCAGCACUACACCAUGGCCCACCGCCGCUCCUCCAGCCUCCAGGACCAGACUGGGCCUGUAGAGGAGGACACCUCCACGCCUCCUGAGAGCUCCCUCCAGCUCAAGCUCACCCGGCCCCUGUAUAAGACUGCCCCGACCCUCCAGCACCUGUGCCGCAUCGUCAUCAACCGCCAUUCUCGCUGCCACUUAGACCUGCCCCUGCCAGGGAGGCUCAAGGGCUACCUGCUGGAGUACCCCUUUCUACUGUAGCACCCGUGACUGCCUCAUUCCCACACUCACAAGUCUGACUGUUGAGCUGAUGACAGCUCGAGGGGAGACACAGGUCGGCUAUUCCCCUGUUUUUCAACAGUGAGGAUUUUUAAAAAAGGAUUUCGUAUCCUGAAUUGUGAGGAUUUUCUUACUAUUGAUGUCAGGGCCAAAAAAGUGCUUUUUUUGUGCUUUUUUAAAAUCCCCACAGGGACAAUAUCAAGCAUCAAGGGAAUUUUUGAACAACUGCUAUUGUUUGAAAAUGAUGACUCCUUUUUGGAACGUAAGUGCUUUUUUAAAACACUGUCCUGUUUUUUAAGAAAUGGGGGUGAAUACCUCUACAAUUAGAAUACAUUUACAGUAUUGUGAGAAAAAAAAGAAUGUCAGGAUGGAUAUAUUUGAUGGAUUUGUAUUUGAAAUGGUUUAUAUAACCAUUUGCAGAUGUGGUAUGUAUGGCCAAAUAACCAAGUUUUGUAUACGUAUCAGACAGCAAGAAAUAUUUAAUUAAUAAUUGAGCAAUAGUAAAUGCUAUAAACAUUGUUUACUAUUUCAAAUAAUAUGGUAGAGCAGGUACACAUACUACUGGUAUGUACUUGAAAUUCAAGUACCUUUUGAGUAUAUGCAGACAUUUUCACAGACAUUGUGGGCGACAUUUUUUGGUAGGCAUUCACUUCUUGAAAUUCUGAAAAUAUAUUCUGUUCUCAUUACAAACAAACAUACCGACCAUUUCUCGGAUAUGAAUCCUUUUGUGGAAUGGUUAUGUUAUGAAAAUAAAGACUUCAUCGAAGGAAAUCUUUACAUUUCUGCCAUUUGUAAAGGUGUCUAAAUUUACCAUUCAUUAACCAUUUCAAAGGGCUAGUAUUCACAGAUUACUGUAAAAUUCCCAUUUGCUUCAGUGGAUCUACAGCUAAUUUGAACCCAUUACAUGUCUUGUGGCCGUUAGGCAGUCUGGCCCUGGAGAUGAUAAACCCUAAAUUUUUUAAAACAUCUUUGAUUGUCUGACCUGUUUGUCUGAAAUUGUGCCACGUAGCCAGUUAACUAAAAUGAAAGUGGGCGAUCAAAUGAAAGUGGACGGACCCCUCUAUAUAAGAUGAGGAGCUUUAGGGGAUUAGUUUCCGUGGUCAUGUCUUUAUUUGCUCUGUGGAAUGAGCCUGUGAUCCUGCUCAUAUGUGUGCUAGUGGCACUGAGGAGUGGUGAUCAUCCUGACAUCCUUCCAUUUUUCCUCUGUACCCUGAAGGCAUACGUCGGACCUGUUGGAGCUGGUUGCACCAAAUCUCCUGUUUGAAAAUAACUAUGUGAUUUGUUUGCCACAAGGAUAUAAUGAGGCCGGUAGAGCUGCUUACUAGUGUUCUGGAAGUGUCAGAAUGUGUUAUACACAGCUAGGAAUGCAAUAGCGAGAAAUUAUUAACAGGCGUCCAGUAUCAAUGGUCUUCGUCUGUCUGCCUGACUGUGGCCAUCUUGUAGAAAGUCCUUCUAAAUUGGCUUAUGGUGUAGUAUUGAAGGCUUGUUUUUUAGUGGGAGUUUCUGGGAGCUGACUUUUGGUUAGUGUAGCCACGCAAUCUCUUAUUUGCCUUUUCUGUCGGCUGGUUAAAAAAAAAAAAAAGAUAUUUGCUUGUGUGUACUAGUUCCACACCAGGAAGGGGUUAACUCGCAUGAAUUCAGUUUGUUCUUCUAGGAAGACGACUUGUUUUCAGUUCAAUAGAGCCAGAAUUUUGUGGAAACAUGCUCAGACAGGACACAGUCUCCAGAAUGGGUGCGCUGACUAAACGUACAGUUCCUGGAAAUUGUUAACAUGAGCUUUCGAAGAAGACCGGGAAAUAUCUUCCAAAAUCAGCUGUGCACCUUCUGAGUUCAAGUUGAAGUGUUUGAAUAUAGGAAAUAUGGCUGAUUUCUUUGUUGAAAUGCCUAAAAUAAAUCUGACCAAAAACAUAUUUCUUUUUCAGUAAAUUGUCUGUAUGAGUGUGCAUAUAAGUUAAGUUUUUAUGUGACAUGAAGGAUACUUGUCAUAGGUGCUAAUAUAGCAGGAAAGCACUGGAAUCUACGUAGCCUUGAACUAAGAACAUUGUUAACCUGUGCCAAUUUGUCCUCUAAACAUGCAGCUUUUUAAUAAGCUAAGCAAUCCAACAGCAAAUGAAUGAAAAGAUUUUUAGUAUUUACAUCCCAUAUCUGUAUACUUAGGAUAUGCAUGUAUGUUGACAUAAGAUAAUGGAUGCUUAAGAGGAAAGCACAUGAGGAAUUGGUUUUGAUCCUAUCUGAUUAUGAUACUCUAUGAGUCACCAGAAAAAAGGGUAUGUCUAUGAAAUAGUAUGAAGACAUUUUAGCUUACCACAUUUAGAAUAUGUAUGUGACAAUUAGCAAGAAAUCAAUUCAGCAGCAAAUAUCUUAUAAUAAAGGGAUGGUAAACAUUUGAAUAAAAACUUAAAUGUCAAAA